AUGUCGCACUCCCAAGACUCACAGGAUGCUGGACAGCACGAUCAGCCAGUCAACGCUUCUCAGUAUGCUCCAUCACCACGUCGCAGUGGCCUGCGAAGCGUGCAAGAGACUCUCUACGAAGAAGCAGAGGAAAGCUCAGACGAUGAUUUCAACAGGAACAGGAUGACUGCUUCGAGAUCCAUCCCCGGUGCCUCCAAAGCGGGUGGCUUGUCAAGCGAGCUCGACCCUUUCCAACGGCCUUCCAUUCAACAUGCAACCGAGGCGCCGGACGAGGAUGCGGUCAACUCUGAUAUGCCUCGCACGCCACCUGAGGCAAACAACCACAACCACAACAACAACAAUUACUCUAGACCUCGACCUCGACCGCUCGCAAACAGACAGGAAGAGGCUAGUGCGAGCUCUGCCAAACUCUUGCCAAUGCAGACCUCCGACACCAACGGCGGCUCUGCAUCUUCAUCCUUUGCAUCUGGCUCCGCCAGCAAAUUGCCUGCGGCAGGUGUUGGUUCGCGCGUCGGACCUCGACCUGUACCCAAGGAUAGCUCAUCUUUGAGGCACAUUUCUUUUAAAAGUCGACUCGCAUCUAUACCUGCUGAAGAGCGCAGCAGCAGUCCAAAUGCGUCCGAUCGACCAGUGGCCGCUGCGAUAGCUGCACGGCCACACUCUUCGGCCUUGGCCCACGAGGGCGACGGUUUCGUAGUGGACGACGAGGAUGAGGAUGGCGUAGAGUUGGGCGAAGAUUCUUCCAGAGGUCAUGUUGGUGCAGCAGGAGGAAGCUCAAAUGCUAGCAACGGCUCAAGAGACGUGUAUGGGGAUAUUGACGCGGCACGAAGAGCUAGAUCGGAUCGAGCUAGGAGGCGCGCUGCUCGGCGUGUGCGCGCCAGACCACAUCGUUCAGACAGAGGCAUACUCAGCGCUUCCAGCAGCGAGGACUCAUACGAGAGCAGCGAAGACUCCGAAAGCUUAGAUUAUGCGCAAGCAUUGGCCCACUGGAAGUGGAAGAUGCGUCUAGAUCCAGAGGCGGCUGUGUACGCACCCGAAGCAGCACGCGAUCGUGUCGACAAGAUUGGGGUGGAUGGACCUACGGAGGGCACACCGGCAACGGCUGCAGUGUUCGAGCAGCAAAAGAGGAGAUCGGGAAACCCGGUGCCAAGACGUGCUCCUUGGCACGCUCGCGGACCAGAAGUGCCCGCGGGCGGUUUGCUCACGCCAGGACCUCAAUGGCCAGACCAAGUGAACACACCACUGGGAACACCGCCCGGUAAGUACUUUCCCCGAAGUCGUUUGCUACGUAGCCUGCCUGGUCUCUUACAUUCGCAAAACGUUGCGACUUGCAGAUCUCCAUUCUCCUGCUGCCAUUGAACCGCGGGUCCGGCUGGAAUGGCAGACCAUGCUGGAAUCUGUGCUCGCUUCUGACGUUUUGCGCAGCGAGACGAAACGCAUCACAUCGGCCGACGUCAAGAUCCACACUCGGCAGGAGCAGAUGUACAUGCGAUGGCUCGACAUUCAUGCUAGUCUCCGCGGCAGGGGAUACUACGCAGGAGCGGUAGAAGCGGAAGAGAAGCGCCUCAGAGCUGGCUGGAAGGAGGUCGUCACGGCUUUGAUACGCGACGUUCGGGAAUACAGGGAGCCUUCGCAAAACAGCGAAGCGGAAGAAAGCAAGGAUGCUGAUCUCAGUCAGGCGACAUCGGUCGACAACGCGAGCGUCGCGACUUUUGGGGCUGACAGCCAUGACGCAAGAGCAUCAGCGCGCGACAGUGCAAGCGCUAGCGACACGCAGGAGAAAGUGUACGCCGAGAUUAAGGACCUACUGAUCCGCGUCGAUAGCGCAGAAGAGCAAUUUCCGUCGAGACACAAAAUGAUUGAAGAGAUGCCGGAAUGGGGCGCUUUUGAUGUUCAGGGAAAACUCGCUUCGUUGUAUUCGUGGUACAACAUCUGGAACGGCAUCGAAGACCAGGUGGCCACUUUGCAGAGGUGGACAAACACGGAGGAUUUGUCGCUGGAAGAGCCGCGGGACUCCACGCGCUACCCUGUGCGAGAAGGCGCAGAGCAAGCAGCUAAGCCGGAUCAAGGAGCGAACAAGAAGCUCGGCUUUGCGAGCGAUAUGGUGGUGGAGCUUGGUCCCCAAAACCUGCUCGAAAGGAUCGUCAAGGAAGACACAUUGCAGGCCACAUUUGAAAAGCGAACGCUUGCACAGCUCAACGUCUUCAUCGUCAAAGCUCGGCGCUCCAUCCUAGACAACAGCGCUACCUUUGGCCGCCUCAGAUUGCCUUCGUUCGAGCCAAUGCUCUUGAGACUCAUCAACUUCCCGACGCGGCUUGUGUACAGCGCCUUGCGUCUGCGUCUCAUCAACGGCUACAAAAUCCGCGAGCCUUCUAUCCUCAUCGUCGACUCGAUGAUCGACGACAUUCGCGCCGGCCUCGCGCUCGGUUGCCGUGUCAAGCUGCAAUACGGCGCCGUAGCGGAAGCUGAGCCGCAGCGAGGAUGGGACCCACCAUCGUGCAUCGCGGAAGGCUACGAUGCGCUGAUGAGAGAAGCGCUCAGGUUCUUCUUUAGACUUUUGAACAUCAAAUUGCGCGGCUCCGUCUUCUUCAAAGAAACGGAGAUCUUGGAACCUGAAUGGGUUUUCCUGAGCAAUGCGUCUGAGGUGAUCGAGCAAGGAGACAUUGUCGUCGCCAGGAGUGUGAUCCGGGUCGUCAACAAGGUGAGAAUAUAAAGUUCUUUGCAUCGUUCUCAUCGCGCCGGCUGACGAUCAGCCACUUCACACCUCAGCUCUUUGCGCGAGUCGUGACGUACAUUGAGCGCGAGCUGGCAGCACCCAGUCUUACAAGAGGCGCAAGGAUUGGUGCGCCCACGGACGUGAUAGGCGGAUUGGCGUCGGGUCACAACCCGCGGGGCCCAGCCACGGCUGGAGCACCCACCCGAGGCAAGGUGCUGAUGACGCUAGAAGAAAAGGUCAAAUGGAUCCAUCUUGUUUUCGACAAUGUGCGCGUUCGAUCGCGUAAAUUGCUCGGAUUUGCUCGUGACAUCCGCAACAGGCUUGACAACGCAGCCGAGUACGAUCUCAACAGCCUGCAAUCUCCACUGGAGGGAGCUUCUGGCGACGAGGCACACCACAGCGAUGCCAGAUCGGCCCAGUCUGGCAAUGGCGCGGGACAUGGCAUGGAUCUCAACACUUUUAUGCAGACCUUGAUCAAUGCCGAUUACUUCUUGGUUCUGACAGGAACAUUCGAGGCUUCGGGCAUCUACGUCAUCGCGGAGCCCAGCUUGCACGAUAAGCCUGAACUUAUCCGGGAGCUGUUCAAUCGCUGCAUGCGCUACGGAGGCUCUUCAAAGGGACCAAAUGCUUUGAAUGUAGACGGGGUGACGGCAGCCGCAGCCAACAUGCAUCCCUUGGACAAGACACACGAGGACGAAGAGGGCUCAGACAUUGGCGGAGGUGAUGCAGCAUCGCGAGCAGACGACGCUGAGCUUUCGCAACCACCACGGUACCUCUUGCUGAUGAGUCCUCGAGAUGGCUUCAUGUGGACCGGACGAAUCAUGUCGCUCGACUUGCCACCGCUUGGGGUGGACCUGCAGGAGAGGCGCCUGCGCCUGAUUGCCGAUGGUCCCAAGACCAGGCUCACCAUGUGUAAAGCGCACCUUUACGGUGUGUUUCAAGCUGCCUCUUUGUUCCAACAGCAGCAAGCCAAUGUGGCUUCUUCGUCUUCCGCGGCUGGCGUGCCAAAUGUCAAGGCGCACGCCCAGGAGAAGGAGUCCGGCAGUCCACAACAAUUGCAGCCCUCGCCAUUUCCGCUCGAGGUCAUUCAUGAACACAUGGCUCAUAUGUCUGCAGUCCAAACGGAGCUCAGAAGGGUGAAUAAAGGCGUCUAUAUGCUGUCCGACACAGUCAUCCGAGCGGUGCCGGCUCUUCGGAGAAGCCUACGACAUCGCAAUCGGCCCAAUGCGGCAUCCCAGGCUACGCAACAAGACGCCGCUGGCAACCGCGCAGGACUGACCGGACCGGCUUCCAGCGACGACUUGAUCCAGAAUUGCUUCGGCAUGGCGGCGGAACAAGGCUUCCGUGCGCUCCCUUUCAUCGAGUCUGACAGGCUGCGGGGCCAGAUUAUGCUAGCGCUCGCGCGCCUCUCCAUCGACUGGGUGGCUUUCAUUUGCGACGAUUGCAUACCGGGUGACCGCAAGACCUUCAAGUGGGCUGUCGCUGCUCUCGAGAACGCGAUGCAGGUGACGCGAAACGAGAACAUCUUCAGACUCAGCGAGGAAGACUUUGGACUAAUGAGAACAAAGGUGGCGAGCUGCAUGGCUCUCUUGAUCUCACAAUUCGACAUUCUUGGCGCUCGAAGCAGUGUAGCCAAGGCGAAAGAGGAACAAGAGAGACUUGAUCGUGAGCGUGCCGAGCGCGAACGCUUGCGUCAUGCAGAGUCGUCGGCUGUCUCGGCGUUGCGCGCGAACCCUACGCUGAAGGACGGAGCUUCUGCUGCCUCUGCAUUAGAUGGCUCCCACAAGGCAGAGGCCGCCAAGCUUGUAGCGGAUACGGGUGGCGUAGGAGCCCCGCCCAUGCUCAAUCGUCACGACAGUGGCAUGCAGGCGACCGAGGAAAGAUGGAUGGCGAAGGUGCUCGAGUGGGAGGCCGCUCGUCAGGAGACCGAAACGGAGCAACGCCUCAUAGGCCGUGUCCUCGAUGAGACUAUACCAGAAGAUCGAGGCCUUCAGUUCCUGGCUCAAAACAGCAGCAAGUAUCAAAUUCGAUGGCAGCAAGGGCGUUUCAUUGGUGCAGGUACCUUUGGGACCGUGUACUCUGCUGUCAACCUGGACACCGGAAACCUGAUGGCAGUGAAGGAGAUACGUUUCCAAGACAUCUCUCAAAAUCCGUCGCUAUACCGCCAGAUCAAGGAUGAGAUGAGCGUCAUGGAGAUGCUCAGUCAUCCAAACAUCGUAGAGUAUUACGGCAUCGAAGUGCAUCGGGACAAAGUCUUCAUUUUUGAGGAAUACUGUCAAGGAGGUAGCUUGGCCCAGCUACUGGAGCACGGCCGAAUCGAAGACGAAGCUGUCGUGCAAGUAUACACGUUGCAGCUCCUGGAUGGAUUGGUCUACCUGCAUUCUAAAGGAGUCGUGCAUCGCGACAUCAAGCCAGACAGUGAGUGGAGCGCAAAGAAUGAUUAGUCUUCAUGCAUCCAUACUUACGACGCCAUAUGUUGCACGACAAAGAUAUUCUGUUGGAUCACGUGGGCGUGAUCAAAUUUGUCGACUUCGGCGCGGCCAAAGUUCUUGCCAAGAACUCCAAGACUAUGCAGCGCAGCCGCCGCCCCGGUGCUGUGGGUCCAGGCGCCAUCAAACAACAAAGCAAGGGCGCCCCGGGGGGCAUGGGAAGCUUACAAGGCACGCCGAUGUAUAUGUCGCCCGAGGUCAUCAAGGGCGAGACUCGGGGCAGACGAGGUGCUAUGGACGUGUGGAGUCUUGGAUGUGUCGUUUUGGAGUUCGCUACGGGUCGCAGGCCAUGGAGUCAGCUCGACAAUGAGUGGGCAAUCAUGUUCCACAUUGGCAUGGCGCAGCAGCACCCUCCUUUGCCCGACCCCGGCCAGCUCAGCGAGGUGGGCAUCGACUUUAUACGCCAGUGCUUGACCAUCGACCCAUACGACAGACCCUCAGCAAGCGAGAUGCGCGAGCACCCCUGGAUCAAGGGUCUCACCGAUGACCUUCGCCGCGCUGACGAAGAAGAGAGUGAGUUGCAGAAGUCGUCUUUGAGCAAAUUUUCUAUCGCGAGCGCUAGCUGACAAGACAACUUGGAUGACCCGUUGCAGGAGCAGCGGCUGCAGCUGCUGGUGCUGACUAUCAGCGCUUGAGCGUUGACGGCGAUGAUAGCGCUGCUGGUGUGGCAGCCAUGGCCGCCACACCCGGCACCCGCUCCGUGAACGGCUUCACCUUUGGGGAGCGCCAGUCCUCUCAAACGCCGGGCUUGGCGAGCAUCAGAUCAGGCUAUGCGGGUAGCAUUACCAGCUGGGCCCAAGCGACAGGUGCGGCGUCGAGCGUCACGACACCACUGGACAGUCUCGGAGGAGAGCCGCAGUUUCCCGGCAUGAAGUCCACGGGCACGAGCAGCUUGCACGUGCCGCGCGGCAGGGCGCAAGACUCUUUGCGGAGCGGAGCAGAAACGCCUCAGGACAGCGCCGGUCUGGAGACUGGAACGUCGCAGGAACGCUUUUUUGGGGAGGAUCCUGAUGCAUGUAUACCGAGUUCCCAGAAGCACGAGGAGGCCGCAACCUACGCGGAUCUGGCAUAUGAUAGGGAGAAUGAGGAGAGGCGUCGGCUUGCUAAGCCUCAAGACGAUGGUCUCUGA